CCCCUUAACUCGAACUGGACUGGUCUAGACGAAGGGGGUUUAUAAUGAAAAAGGAUAGACAGACUACAAAACUACAAAUCCUCCAAGCGGUAUUAAAACCUUCAAUGACCCGCUGUCUUCGUCUAGUUCCAAGACUUGUUGUCUCUAUUUAACUUUCCUUCCUUUUGAUUGGCGUAUCUUGGGUCAAUUCGAUGUGGAGCAUCCGUGAUGCUUUACACUAGACUGAUCUCGUACGGGGGGAACGGCGAACAUAUUUGACACUUCCACCUACUUAGAUCUUAGACGACGACAUGUCUUUCCACCAAGGUGGCGGACCCGCGGGGUUCCCAAUGUCGUUUCAACCAUCUCAGUCUCGAUCCCCUCCGCAGCCUUCAACUUCCGGGACACGGGGCAUGGCGCCUGAUAUGGGCCAGAUGGGGUCAUUCCUCUCAUCCCAUGAACCACAAUUUGAUAUCUUCGAGUGGUACCCGCAGUUCCAGUCGUGCGUGCGGUACUUUCUGGACAUUGCGCAACACAGCGGGCCGAUACAAGCUGUUGCUGCCUACAUCAAUAUUCGGUUACCCUUCCAGAUGUCACCGUAUCCUGUCUUGUCGUCGAAGUCGCCUGGCUCGCCUGCUGCCGUGCCGCCCCCUUCGUCAAUUGCGGCAGGGAAACUACCAAUGCCGAGCCACCCGCCUAUAUCUGUCUCCUUGAUUCCUUACGUUCGGCGAUUGGUGGCAACCGGAUAUGAUUUUCCCGGUGUGCUGCAUGGAUUCUUCGGAGAUGACUGGGCUGUAGGCAUAGGUAACCUCCACACUAUCGAACGACGAAAUUUCCUCUUUGCGGCGAAGAGCGCCGGCUGGUUGAAAGUCAAGUCCCAAUAUGACAUGGCAGACGAUCAAAGCAUCCCGUUUUUGCGACCACUCCAAAACGUCACGGAGAAGGAAAUCGUGGUCGCGGAGGCGAAUUGGAGUGAGUGGUUGGCGAUGCAGGAUUGGAUGGUCGGUCCGCGCUCACCUGAUGUCGACAAAGAAAUGACAAUCGUAAAGACGGAAGAGAUUUAAGUUAUGAGGGCGGGUUUGGUCGGUAUUGGACACUUCGCUACGUGAUUUAGAGGGGAUUAUGAAUUGUUGAGGCGCAAGAUGCCUAAACACCAAUCGGAUCCGGAUAUCUGCCUGGUUCGGUUACGUUAGAAGGGGGGUUUGACUAGGCGUACGGAAUUUUUUUUUUCAUUUUAUUUCCUUAUUGGUUUCACUGCACUAAGGCGACCCAACCAAAUGUCUUCCCAUAUUCAAAGUCUAUAUAUUCGGGUGACAUUGGGGUUGAGGGAUCAGUUCGCGUGUAUUGUGAUUGCGGCUCAUAUUUUUCCGCAGGAUGAUCGGAAAAUACGGGCGCGUGGUUUGUUCGAUAAAAGGUUGGGUGCCUAGGUAUUGGUUCAAAUAGGUCAGGUAUUACUACUUUUUCAUGUACCUAAUCUUGGUUCGUGGAUCUGACAUGACACAUAAUGCGGUGGUUUAAUGGCUCUUUUUUGUGUCGAACCGGAAAUCAGAAUGGAAAUUGGAAUGUUUCGAUUGCAUUGCAUGUGUGAUUCAAUGGAUGUUUUGUUUGUUCUGCAAGAUUCUGUCGUGGCAAGAGAAAA